AUGUCCUUGCCAUUGUUCGUUCCCAUCAAAUUGCCAAACGGCACUACCUAUGAGCAGCCUACCGGUUUGUUCAUCAACAACGAGUUUGUCCAGUCCAAGUCCAAGAAGACCUUUGGAACUGUUUCUCCUUCUACUGAAGAAGAGAUCACCCAAGUCUACGAAGCCUUCUCCGAAGAUAUCGAUGAUGCCGUUGAAGCUGCUACUGCUGCUUUCCACUCAUCGUGGUCUACUUCCGACCCUCAAGUCAGAAUGAAGGUUCUCUACAAAUUGGCUGACUUGAUCGACGAACACGCCGACACUUUGGCCCACAUUGAAGCUCUUGAUAACGGUAAGUCGUUGAUGUGUUCCAAGGGUGACGUUGCUUUGACUGCCGCCUACUUCAGAUCCUGUGCUGGCUGGACCGACAAGAUUAAGGGUUCUGUUAUCGAAACUGGUGACACCCACUUUAACUACACCAGAAGAGAACCAAUUGGUGUUUGUGGCCAGAUCAUCCCAUGGAACUUCCCAUUGUUGAUGGCUUCCUGGAAGUUAGGACCAGUCCUUUGUACCGGUUGCACCACUGUUUUGAAGACUGCUGAAUCGACUCCUUUGUCUGCUCUUUACUUGGCUUCUUUGAUCAAGGAAGCCGGUGCUCCACCUGGUGUUGUCAAUGUUGUUUCCGGUUUCGGUCCAACUGCCGGUGCUCCAAUCUCUUCUCACCCAAAGAUCAAGAAGGUUGCCUUCACUGGUUCUACCGCUACCGGUAGACACAUCAUGAAGGCUGCUGCUGAAUCCAACUUGAAGAAGGUCACUUUGGAAUUGGGUGGUAAGUCUCCAAACAUUGUCUUUGACGAUGCUGACGUUAAGUCCACCAUCCAACACUUGGUUACUGGUAUCUUCUACAACACUGGUGAAGUGUGCUGUGCCGGUUCCAGAAUCUACGUCCAGGAAGGUAUCUACGACAAGAUUGUUUCCGAGUUCAAGAAUGCAGCCGAAUCACUUAAGAUCGGUGACCCAUUCAAGGAAGACACCUUCAUGGGUGCCCAAACCUCUCAAUUGCAAUUGGACAAGAUCUUGAAGUACAUCGAUAUCGGUAAGAAGGAAGGUGCCACCGUUAUCACUGGUGGUGAAAGAUUCGGUAACAAGGGUUACUUUAUCAAGCCAACCAUCUUCGGAGAUGUCAAGGAAGACCACCAGAUCGUCAGGGAUGAAAUCUUCGGUCCUGUUGUCACCAUCACCAAGUUCAAGACCGUCGAAGAAGUCAUCGCCUUGGCCAACGACUCCGAGUACGGUUUGGCUGCUGGUGUUCACACCACUAACCUCAGCACUGCCAUCAGUGUUUCCAACAAGAUCAAUUCCGGUACCAUUUGGGUCAACACCUACAAUGACUUCCACCCAAUGGUUCCAUUCGGAGGUUACUCCCAAUCUGGUAUUGGUAGAGAAAUGGGAGAAGAAGCCUUGGACAACUACACCCAGGUCAAGGCAGUCAGAAUUGGUCUUAGCCAGUAA